UGAAUUCUGGAGCUCAGUGGGAGAUGCCAGCCCUCCCUGAGACAUUCAGAGUUAGUAAAGAAGAGAAACAGACCACGUGGUUGCCUUAGAGGGCUGGAGCUAGUGGUACAAGAGCUCCCAGCUCUGAAGGUUCCAACCUCCUGUUUUGUUCUAGUAUCCUUCCAGGAGGCUGAGAUGAAUUGCCUGCCUGCCCUGGGCUCUUUGCUUUAAUCUCAGUAGGGUUCUGGGAGCAUCCCGCCCCCGCCACCCUCCCCACCACCACUACCUCCACAAAGCUCCUGAGAAGGGGAGGGCCCCUCCUCCCUUCAAGGAUUGGGAAGAACUGGUCUCAAAUCCUCCUAAGCCACCAGCAUCUCCGUCUUCAGCUCACAGCAGCCCUGAGCCCCAGCCUGCAGCCAGGGCACCACACACGUCCCACCCACCCAGUGACUCCCCAGCUGCUGCCCACUCUUCCUCACCCAUGGGGAACAGCAAAAGUGGGGCCCUGUCCAAGGAGAUCCUGGAGGAGCUGCGGCUGAACACCAAGUUCUCGGAGGAGGAGCUGUGCACCUGGUACCAGUCCUUCCUGAGAGACUGCCCCAGCGGCCGCAUCACCCAGCAGCAGUUCCAGAGCAUCUACGCCAAGUUCUUCCCCGACGCUGACCCCAAGGCCUACGCCCAGCAUGUGUUCCGCAGCUUCGAUUCCAACCUCGACGGCACCCUGGACUUCAAGGAGUACGUCAUCGCCCUGCAUAUGACCAGCGCGGGCAAGACCAACCAGAAGUUGGAAUGGGCCUUCUCCCUCUACGACGUGGAUGGCAACGGGACCAUCAGCAAGAGUGAAGUGCUAGAGAUCGUCAUAGCUAUUUUUAAAAUGAUCACUCCUGAGGAUGUGAAGCUCCUUCCAGAUGAUGAAAACACACCAGAAAAGCGAGCUGAGAAGAUCUGGAAGUUCUUCGGAAAGAGUGAUGAUGAUAAACUUACAGAGAAAGAAUUCAUUGAUGGAACCCUGGCCAAUAAGGAAAUUCUGCGACUGAUCCAGUUCGAGCCUCAAAAAGUGAGGGAAAAGAUAAAGAACCCCUGA